AUGGCAAACCCCAAGGCCGACAAGAUCGAAAAAAUCAUCACGCGGCUGCAAGCCCGCAUCGGUGAGGGGCAAUACUACGAAGCCCAGCAGCAGACCCGCGUGGUGGCAGCGCGGUACAUCAAGGCCUCGAACUGGAACGCGGCGAUCGAGAUCCUCGACAAUGUGGCGCAGUCGCUUCUCAAGGCUGGCGAGGGCGGCAGCGGCGGCGAUCUCUGCGUGUUCCUGGUCGACGUCUACAAGCAGGCCGAGCUGAAACCAGACGCCACCUCGCGGGGCAGGCUGUUGACGUGCCUGCGGCUGUUCCCGGCCGGGGAGCCGACGAGGAAGAAGUUCGUUGGGGAGAUGAUUGCAUGGUCCUCCAAGUUUGGCGAGUACCCCGCGGGGGACCCAGAACUACACCACGUCGCAGGCAGCCUGUACGCUUCGGAGCACGAGACCUACGAGGCAGAGCGCCACCUGGUCCUGGGCACGCGCGACUCGGCCGAGGUGCUGACACGCAUUGAGUACGAGUGGUACAAGGAGGACGGCAGCCACACGGCGGCCCUGUACUGUGCGCGCGCGGUGCUGCCGUACCUCCUCGUCGCCAACGUGCGUGCGGCCAACACGUCCUACAGGGCCUUCACGUCCGCGCUUAGCGAGGAGAAGGGCGCCGGGCUGGGCGUGCAGGACGUCGCCUCGGGCAGCACGGACGUGCGCAUCUUCCCCAGCCUGCCGCUGCUGAACUUCCUGGGCCUCCUGCUACUCGCCGUGCAGAAGGCGAGCCCGGACCUGUUCAAGCAGCUGCAGGCCAAGUACGCGGCGCACAUAGCGGAGGCCGGGGCUUGGGAUGAGUCGCUCGAGAUGAUUGCCGAGAUGUACUUUGGCAUCCAAAGACCGCGGCAGAACAACCCACUGCUCGACAUGAUGGGCAGCCUGUUCGGGGGCGCGCCCGGCGGGGGUGGUGCCGGGGCGAGGAAGCCGCCUGUCAGGCGGGUUGAGGCCCCAAGUGCUGAGGGUCUAGAUUAG